CACUCGCACCGACGUCGCUUGUUCGACUCAUGGACAACACUAACUGCUGCCAGCCAUCUCCAUGUCCUCGGUCGUGAUCCUGGCAUAAUCAGCAUCUCGAUUGAUCAAUAUUCUGCCUUUCAGGAAAACAUUGAUCCUUGACGCAAUGGCGCUCUACAGUCUGCUCCGCGCCAGAGCUCCGGCGGCCUUUGCAAGGUCGGCUUCGGGUCACCAUGCGUAUGUCAUACCCUCAAGCUUCCCGAUGUGAUAGAUGGCCACGAGAACUGACCGACAAGCACAUUGUGGCGGGUAUAGGCGCCUCUUUUCCGCAACGUCUGUUGUUCGCCAGUCCUCAGACGUGUCCGAGCUGAACAAGGUGUCGCGCCACAUUACACAGCCCAAGGCCCAGGGCGCCUCCCAAGCCAUGCUCUACGCGACCGGUCUCAACGAUGCCGACCUCGCCAAGCCUCAAGUUGGCAUCUCGUCCGUCUGGUGGGAGGGCAACCCGUGCAACAUGCACCUGCUCGAUCUCUCCAAGAUCGUCAAGGACUCGGUUGCCCGUGCCGGCCUAAUCCCAUACCGCUUCAACACCAUUGGUGUCUCCGACGGUAUCUCUAUGGGCACGACUGGCAUGCGCUAUUCCCUUCAAAGCCGCGAGAUCAUUGCCGACAGCAUCGAGACAGUCAUGGAGGGUCAGUGGUACGACGCCAACAUCUCCCUCCCCGGCUGCGACAAGAACAUGCCCGGUGUCCUCAUUGCACAGGCUCGUGUCAACCGUCCCAGCAUCAUGGUGUACGGAGGAACAAUUCAGCCGGGCUGCACCAAGGCUGGCGAGUCCAUCGACAUCGUUAGUGCCUUCCAGGCUUACGGUCAGUACAUCUCGGGCGAGAUCACUGAGGAGCAGCGCUACGACAUCAUCCGCAACGCCUGCCCUGGUGGUGGUGCAUGUGGAGGCAUGUACACGGCCAACACCAUGGCCACCGCUAUCGAGACCCUCGGUAUGACCCUUCCUGGCAGUAGCAGCAGUCCCGCCGAGGACCCCGCCAAGAAGCUUGAGUGCGAGAAUGUCGGCGAGGCCAUCAAGAACCUCAUGAAGGAAGGCAUUCGUCCUAGCGACAUCCUCACUAGACAAGCUUUUGAGAACGCCAUGAUUGUCGUCAGCAUUCUUGGAGGCAGCACCAAUGCCGUCCUUCACCUUAUCGCCAUGGCCGAUGCCAUUGGUAUAAAGCUCACCGUCGACGACUUCCAAGCUGUCUCGGACCGCACCCCUCUGCUUGCUGACCUCAAGCCCUCUGGCAAGUAUGUCAUGGCCGACAUUCACAAGCUGGGUGGAACUCCUGCCUUGCUGAAAUUCCUGCUCCAGGAGGGAGUACUCGAUGGGUCCGGUAUUACCGCAACUGGCAAGACCAUGAAGCAGAACGCGGAGGCGGCGCCAUCCUUCCCCUUGGACCAGAAGAUAAUCCGGCCCUUCUCGGAUCCCAUCAAGCCUACUGGACACAUUCAGAUCCUCCGUGGUGAUCUGGCGCCUGGUGGCUCCGUUGGCAAAAUCACAGGCAAGGAAGGCCUCGUAUUUGAGGGCAAGGCUCGCUGCUUUGACCAGGAGGAUGACUUCAUUCAGGCUCUGGAACGUGGCGAGAUCAAAAAGGGAGAGAAGACUGUGGUUAUUAUUCGAUACGAAGGUCCCAAGGGGGGUCCUGGCAUGCCCGAGAUGCUCAAGCCCUCCUCGGCCAUCAUGGGUGCCGGUCUGGGUAAUGACGUUGCCUUGCUCACCGAUGGUCGUUUCUCUGGUGGCAGUCAUGGCUUCCUGAUCGGCCACAUCACCCCAGAGGCUCGCGUCGGCGGCCCUAUUGGGCUUGUGGAGGAUGGCGACAUAAUCACCGUUGACGCGCAGAAUCUUGUCAUCAACACAAACGUCAGUACUGAAGAAAUGGAGAGGAGGAAGAAGGCCUGGUCGCCACCAUCACCGAGAUAUGCGCGGGGUACGUUGACCAAGUAUGCCACCCUUGUCAGCGAUGCUAGCUCGGGUUGUGUCACCACAAACACCAUGAUAUAAGCAUGAGCUGGGGGUGUCCCUUUUGUAGCUGGACAUUUAGAUUGUAAAAUCUAAUGUUGCCUACCCGCCUCUCCGAGGCGGGACGGUUGACAGCCGGCGUUUGACGUCUUGCGAGCAGUAAUGACAUAUUUGUUUGAUCUACAUGGGUGGCCAUGGCUUCCGCAUAUUCGUUCGGGUCGUGCUGUGAGAUGACUUCUAUAUUCCUUGGGUUCGAACCACAACUUGGGGAAGUUCUUGGCUAGGCUUCUCCGCCAGGCGAACCCUUCAGGUUUCUGCUUGUACAGCGAGCGCCAUCAAGAACAAAGAACUGAACAUCGCUCAGCAGCCGCCUUUGUCCUCUUUGCUAUCACAAUCAACAAAUGGUAGACCGUAUUAUUCUUGCAGAACCAGGGAUAUCACGAGAAUGGGUGCUGAAAUGAGGUUUUGCAAAUGAGUGGUGAUCAUGCUGUUACUUGUUGACUCUAAGU